UAAAGAGCUUGGUGGCCGCCAUUUCGGGGAGUCACAGGUUUGCCAUUACACGGCCUGCCAUCUUCCCGUCCCGAGUAACCCUCUCACCCUGCCCUCCUCUCCCCACCCUGUCCGUGGCCCCGCUGGCCGCGCCGCUCCCCUGUCUAGCUCUGUAACGAAGCCUUGUUCUCUUUGUAGAUUUAGGCGGUUUGUCGACUGGAAACCGUCCUCUUUCCAUAAACAAGGCCGCGGCCUAGCUCUCAGCACACGGCGGGCGCCCCUCCAGCUCUGACCGGGGCUUCACCUCAGAUCUACCAAAAUGGCUGAUGACUUUGACAUAGAAGCGAUGCUGGAAGCUCCUUACAGGAAGGAUGAGAACAAAGUGAACAGUGCCAAUGGACAUGAAGAACGCAGCAAGAAGAAAAAAAAGAGUAAAAGCAGAAGCCGCAGUCGAGAGAGAAAAAGAAGUCGGAGUAAGGAACGUAAACGCAGCAAAGAUCGGGAAAGAAAAUCUAGUAAAAGUCGUGAAAGGAAACGCAGCCGCAGCAAAGAGCGAAAAAAGAGCCGGUCAAGAAGUAGGGAACGCAGGUUCAGAGGACACUACAGAAGCCCUUAUUCUGGGCCAAAAUUUGGCAGCUCUAUGCGUGGCAAGAUUGGAGUACCACACAGUGUAAAAAUAAGGCGGCGUUCAAAGAGUAGAAGUCCACAAAAGAAAGAAAAAAGUCCUGUCAGGGAGCCAAUAGAUAAUUUAACACCUGAAGAAAGAGAUGCUCGUACAGUUUUCUGUAUGCAACUUGCAGCAAGGAUUCGGCCUAGAGACCUGGAGGAGUUUUUCUCUACUGUUGGCAAGGUCCGUGAUGUGAGAAUGAUUUCAGACAGAAAUUCCAGACGCUCUAAAGGCAUUGCUUAUGUCGAAUUUGUGGAUGUGAGCUCCGUGCCUCUGGCAAUUGGACUAACUGGGCAAAGAGUGUUGGGUGUCCCAAUCAUAGUGCAAGCAUCUCAGGCAGAGAAAAACAGAGCAGCUGCUAUGGCCAAUAAUCUUCAGAAAGGCACAGCUGGACCAAUGAGGCUCUAUGUUGGAUCUCUGCACUUUAACAUCACAGAAGAUAUGCUGCGUGGAAUAUUUGAACCAUUUGGCAGGAUUGAAAGUAUCCAGCUUAUGAUGGACAGUGAGACUGGCCGAUCCAAAGGUUAUGGAUUUAUUACUUUUUCAGAUUCUGAAUGUGCCAAAAAAGCCUUAGAGCAGUUAAAUGGCUUUGAACUGGCUGGAAGACCAAUGAAGGUCGGCCAUGUAACCGAACGGACAGACGCAUCCAAUGCCAGCUCGUUUCUGGACAGUGAUGAAUUGGAGAGGACUGGCAUUGAUCUGGGAACUACUGGUAGACUUCAGUUAAUGGCAAGACUUGCUGAAGGUACAGGUUUGCAGAUCCCUCCAGCAGCACAACAAGCCCUGCAAAUGAGUGGGUCUUUAGCGUUUGGAGCUGUAGCAGAGCUACAAUCUAGGAUCUCACAGCAAAGUGAAGCACUUGCUGCAGCUGCCGCAUCCGCUGCUGCCAUCUCAUUAACAGCAACUACUCUCCCAGCUGCACCAGCUGCUCAGCCUCUUGCUACCCAGUGCUUUCAACUGUCAAACAUGUUCAAUCCUCAAACAGAAGACGAACCCGGGUGGGACACAGAGAUUAAGGAUGAUGUUAUUGAAGAAUGCAACAAACAUGGAGGAGUUGUUCACAUUUAUGUAGACAAGAAUUCACCGCAGGGCAAUGUCUAUGUGAAAUGUCCAACCAUUGCGUCUGCAAUUGCAGCAGUUAACGCUCUUCAUGGCAGGUGGUUUGCUGGCAAGAUGAUUACUGCUGCGUAUGUUCCGCUCCCAACCUACCACAGCCUUUUCCCUGAUUCAAUGACAUCAACUCAGCUUCUGCUUCCUGUUCGCCGAUGAAUUUCACAUAAAACCAUUUUGUACAUAGCAUUUUUUAUUUUCUUUUUUUUCUUUUAUUUUCUUUUCCUUUUUUUGGAGAGAGCAAAUUGUCCAACUUGUCAUUUUAUUUAGAUUGAGGUGUAAAGGAAAUGUGUACUGUCAUUUUGUGUAACAUAAUACUCGAAAUAAAGAUUGAAUGCAGUAUAUUGGCUUAAAGCAUUCAAACAUAAUUCCCUGUCCUAACUUACUGUCAAAAAGAAAAAAAUGCUCACCCUGGACUGUAGGGGUUUAAUUGUCAUUUCAUUUUUAAUGUCCCUCCACAAUGAAUUUGAAGAAUCUGUAAAAAGAAAACUCGGUUGGAGUAGUUGUUACAGAGUGUUUGGACUUGUAUAAAGACUAAUCUAAACCUUGGGAAUGGGGAGCACUGAGGCAUAAAUUGGAAUUAGAAUUUUAAAGCAUUGUGUUUAGGUUCAGUUAUGUACCACAGUUUCUUUUGUACAUAGUGUCAUGGUGUCUGUAAAGUACCAAACAAAUUUUUCAACUGUAUUUCCAGACUCUAAACACAGCCGGGCCGGGAAAUGCAGUGACAUUUUGGAUGGUUGCAUAUAAUCUUUUUUGCUCCUUUUUAAGCUCUGUGAGCUCUGGUUAUUUUUUUUUAUUUGGUGUGUUUGAAAAGACAGCUUGAUAUUUCUAUCAAACAACUUUCAUAUUUCAACUAUCUUUGUAAAGAUGCUAUCUCAAAUAAAAUUUCUUUGGAAAACGGUGGUAAUUUAAA